UUCAUCUGGCCACACUGUUGGUACCAACUUUUAUUUUGUGCGCGUAUUUUCCUGUUCUUGGCUAAAACUUGGGCAGAAGUGUCAGCGGUGUCGAUUUAUAAUCUCCUCAUUAUUCGGGUCCUUCCCGGUCAGAAAGGAAUCGGUUCUAAGAACCGACCAGCAUUAGUUUAAAGGAAAUUUAAAGCCGCCGUCAGCGCCGCAAAAUGCAGUCGCAUAGCAAAAAACGCGUUUGCUAUUACUACGAUAGUGACAUUGGCAAUUACUACUAUGGCCAGGGUCAUCCCAUGAAGCCCCACCGCAUACGCAUGACCCACAACCUCCUGCUCAACUAUGGGCUCUACCGAAAAAUGGAGAUUUACCGCCCUCAUAAAGCCACUGCCGAUGAGAUGACCAAGUUCCACUCGGACGAGUACGUCCGGUUCCUGCGAUCCAUUCGGCCAGACAACAUGUCGGAGUACAACAAGCAGAUGCAGCGUUUCAAUGUAGGCGAAGAUUGUCCAGUCUUCGAUGGACUGUACGAGUUUUGCCAACUCUCCGCCGGAGGAUCCGUAGCAGCAGCCGUCAAGCUGAACAAACAGGCCUCGGAAAUUUGCAUCAACUGGGGCGGUGGCCUGCAUCAUGCCAAGAAAUCAGAGGCAUCCGGCUUCUGCUACGUCAAUGAUAUUGUACUGGGAAUUUUGGAGCUCCUGAAGUACCACCAGCGUGUUCUCUACAUAGAUAUAGAUGUCCAUCAUGGCGAUGGCGUUGAGGAGGCGUUCUAUACCACCGAUCGUGUAAUGACCGUGAGCUUCCACAAGUACGGAGAGUAUUUCCCCGGCACUGGCGACCUUCGAGAUAUUGGUGCCGGUAAGGGAAAAUAUUAUGCGGUGAACAUACCCCUGCGUGAUGGCAUGGAUGAUGAUGCGUAUGAAAGUAUCUUUGUGCCCAUUAUCAGCAAGGUGAUGGAAACAUUCCAGCCGGCAGCAGUGGUCCUGCAAUGUGGCGCCGAUUCCCUAACUGGCGAUCGAUUGGGAUGCUUCAAUCUCACGGUCAAGGGCCAUGGCAAGUGCGUAGAGUUCGUGAAGAAGUAUAAUCUGCCGUUCUUGAUGGUCGGCGGUGGAGGUUAUACCAUUCGUAACGUAUCCCGCUGCUGGACUUAUGAGACUUCCGUAGCACUGGCCGUGGAAAUUGCCAACGAACUGCCGUACAACGAUUACUUCGAGUACUUUGGUCCUGAUUUCAAACUGCACAUCAGUCCCAGUAAUAUGACAAAUCAGAAUACCUCCGAGUACCUGGAAAAGAUCAAGAACCGUCUGUUCGAGAAUCUGCGCAUGCUACCUCAUGCUCCAGGCGUUCAAAUCCAGGCGAUACCCGAAGAUGCCAUCAACGAUGAGUCUGAUGAUGAGGAUAAGGUCGACAAGGACGAUCGCUUGCCCCAGAGCGACAAGGACAAGCGCAUUGUGCCAGAGAACGAGUACUCGGAUUCAGAGGAUGAAGGCGAGGGCGGUCGCAGAGAUAACAGGACGUACAAGGGCCAAAGGAAGCGUCCGCGUCUGGAUAAGGACACCAACAGCAACAAGGCUUCCUCGGAGACGUCCAGCGAGAUCAAGGAUGAAAAGGAAAAGGGCGAUGGAGCUGAUGGUGAGGAAUCCACGGCGUCCAAUACCAACAGCACCAGCAACAACAACAGUAACAACAAGAGCGAUAAUGACGCCGGAGCGACAGCUAAUGCCGGAUCCGGUUCAGGAUCUGGUUCCGGUGCCGGUUCCAAGGGCGCCAAGGAGAACAACAUAUGACGUGGCGGCCGCAAUUGGUUAUAGAAACCAAUUAAGCGACCGCCGAAGUACAAGCCGCCGGAUUUUACCUAGCGUCGUCUCAUCCUGCCGCCCGAGCACGGCCUCUGAGCUAUGUGCCACGGUUUUCACAAUCCCCCGCCCCUCCAUCAGUCCCCCUGAUCGAUCGGCCCCUAUAUGUAGUGUUUAAGCUAAACGGGGGGAUAAAUCAGUAAUCAAAGGGCGGGAUUUAAACUCAUCGUAAGCGUAAGCUAAAAUACAAUUUAUUGUAAGGCCAUCUGCGCAGAUCGUUAAGCUAAGUUAAAAGAAAAGUAAACGCCUAUGACUAAGCGAUCUAAAGUGGCAAAAUAUGCAGAAUUUUAAUUUAAUCAAAUAAAUAUUUAUAAAUACGAAA